AUGGCAGAGUUACUUAUAAACCGCAGAACAUCUCUAUCGCCCAGGCUCUCCGCUUCGUCUCGGCGCUCCAAGUGCGACCGCCAAUACUCGUUUGCCUAUAUCCGGGCUUCCAACCCCUAUGGAGAGUCUGACGAGGACGAGAUCAUCGAGGCUCUGGGACACACCUACGUGCUUCCUGCGCAGUCGCGCCUCAGCAAUCAUCACGACCGCCGACCCGCGCCAUACACUCAAGACUUUAAAUACGAUCUGGGAUUAUACACUAAUUACGAUCACGACGACGGCCCAGAAGCUACCGCCCCCACCGCCUAUUAUAAAAAGCUCCACGGUCGAGAGCAGAUGCCUAUGCUCCAGCCCCAGCCUCCCACCAGUUUCAUGCAUAGCCGCCGUUCCUCGACCGCUGCCCUGCCAACCCAGUCCCAACUCAUCCGACCUACCAGCUGCCACUGCAUCACAAAUCCGACUUUGGCUAGUCCCAAGGCCACCGAGGCUGAUGCUAGAAUGCACUACAUCCCUCAGGGCUACUCACUUAAGAAUUGGGAUCCCACCGAAGAGCCCGUCUUGCUGCUGGGCAGUGUGUUUGAUGCCAAUAGCCUUGGCAAGUGGAUCUAUGACUGGACUAAUUACCAUCACGGCCCGGCUACCCCCCUCUCCGAUAUGGCCGGUGAACUCUGGCUUCUCCUCAUUCAAUUGGCCAGCAAGAUGAAGCGAGCUAAGGAAGUUGUGGGUAGGGCGCGUAGCGCUAAGAACCGGGUCCUUGUUGGGGAGUUCAUUGACGCCGGUGAGCGUCUUCGUGAGAAGCUGAGGGGGCUUCUUAAGGCCUGCGAGUCCUCCAUGCUCAAGGCUGCCGAGCGAAAGACAUCAGGUCCAGGCAAGGAUGCCGGCAUCAAGUUCGUCGAGACGCUCUUUGGCCGGGACAGGGAACUCGACAAGACUGAAAAAUUCAUGCAAAAUGCGAGGCUUUUCAACCUUCGAUUCGACGCCAUCUGCGAGGAGAUUCUCUAG